GCCCCCGCGUUUUGGCUCGUGCUGCCUUUAAAAGCAAACAGCGGUAUGCUGUCGUCGUGCACUCGGUCAGGGGACGGGACGCGGUGAGGAGCUCCUUUAACGCCCCGCAUUAUUUGUCGUCUUUUCGUUAGUUUGUUUGCACCGUUAGCCAUGUUCCGUUACUUCGGGCAGCAGCUGAGCCGCUCCGCGGGUACCGUCCUGGCCUCCGGCUGCGGGGACUCUGCGCUUCCCGCGUCCUCCUUGAUGCGGGUUUGUCGCUAUGCCGACACGGCGGACCAGCCCGACGACCCAAACUUCUUCAGAAUGGUGGAGGGCUUCUUCGACCGCGGCGCCGCCAUCGUAGAGGACAAGCUGGUGGAGGGCCUUAAGACCAGGGAGACCCCCGAACAGAAGAGGCACCGUGUGCGUGGGAUCCUGCGCAUUAUUAAGCCCUGCAACCACGUCCUGAGCGUGUCGUUUCCCAUCAAGAGGGAUAACGGGGAGUGGGAGGUGGUGGAGGGCUACCGCGCCCAGCACAGCCAGCACAGGACUCCCUGCAAAGGAGGGAUCCGUUAUAGCACAGAUGUAUCUGUUGAUGAAGUCAAAGCCCUGGCUUCUCUGAUGACCUACAAGUGUGCUGUUGUUGAUGUGCCGUUCGGUGGAGCCAAAGCUGGUGUCAAGAUAAAUCCCAAGAAUUAUUCUGAUAAUGAGCUGGAGAAGAUCACGAGGAGAUUCACUAUUGAACUGGCCAAGAAGGGCUUUAUUGGACCAGGCAUUGAUGUCCCUGCCCCAGACAUGAGCACCGGGGAGAGGGAAAUGUCCUGGAUUGCUGACACAUAUGCCAAUACCAUUGCACACACGGACAUCAAUGCCCACGCAUGUGUGACUGGUAAACCCAUAAGUCAGGGAGGAAUCCAUGGGCGUAUCUCAGCCACAGGCCGAGGAGUUUUCCACGGCAUCGAGAACUUCAUUAACGAGGCGUCCUAUAUGAGCAUGUUGGGACUGAGCCCUGGCUUCCAGGACAAGACCUUUAUCAUUCAGGGCUUUGGUAACGUGGGUCUCCACUCUAUGAGGUACCUGCACAGGUUCGGGGCCAAAUGUGUGGGCAUCGGUGAGAUUGAUGGAGCCAUCUACAACCCAGACGGCAUCGACCCUAAACAGCUGGAGGAUUACAAACUACAACAUGGCACUAUUGUGGGUUUUCCGGGUGCCCAGCCCUAUGAAGGGAAAAUUUUGGAAGCAGACUGCCACAUCCUGAUUCCAGCUGCAGGAGAAAAGCAGCUCACGCGUUCCAAUGCCCCCAGGAUCAAGGCCAAGAUUAUUGCCGAAGGCGCCAAUGGUCCCACUACCCCUGAUGCUGACAAGAUUUUUCUGGAGAACAAUGUCAUGGUCAUCCCUGAUAUGUACCUCAAUGCUGGGGGCGUCACAGUAUCUUAUUUUGAGUGGCUGAAGAAUCUCAACCACGUCAGCUAUGGAAGACUGACUUUCAAAUAUGAGAGGGACUCAAACUACCACCUGCUCAUGUCUGUGCAAGAAAGUUUAGAAAGGAAGUUUGGCAAACAGGGAGGACCUAUCCCAAUUGUCCCAACUGCUGACUUCCAGGCCAGAGUCGCUGGUGCUUCUGAGAAGGAUAUUGUCCACUCUGGAUUGGCCUACACAAUGGAGAGGUCUGCCCGGCAAAUCAUGCGCACUACAAGCAAGUACAAUCUGGGUCUGGACCUGCGGACUGCUGCCUAUGUCAACGCCAUAGAGAAGGUCUUCAAAGUCUACAACGAAGCAGGACUCACUUUCACAUAAACAGCCAAUCAUAUUGCACCCUGGCUCUUUUCCCACCCUCCUGCUUCCAUUUUGUAACCAGCCUUCAGAUCAUAUCACUGUAUAUCAGCGCGCUUUCAUACACAUAACACCCACACAUUGGCUAGCCUAGAUAUUAAACGUCCUGCCAUUUUAUCUGCCGCUCACGUCCUU